AAAAUGUUUUCUGACACAGCUGCUUUCUGAGUAAAGGUUUAUUUCACUCCACAGUACCCACCCACUUGCCUUUUUGCCAAUCAAAGUUGAUGGCGUUUGUGGGAUAGCCCCUCUUGCCAUGAUAAAAAGGCAGGAUGUUGAAGCAGAAUGAAUCAGUAGGAAGAGCAGCUGCAGCCACAGAAGAGUAAGACCAUGAAAAAUCCAAUGUAUGAAAUAGCAUCCCUGCUGCUGGACAAGUUUCUUCUGCUUGCCAACUUUAAACUUCUUGGUAUGGGCUCCAGUGCAGAGGAGGAAGAAAAGAAAAAGCAUGCUUGCUAUUAUGACACAACAUAUUUCAAGCCAGGGGAUUUGCUGGAGGUGCCCCGCACCCUCUUUAUUCACUUUGGCAUUUACCUGGGGGACAACCGGGUGGCCCACCUUAUGCCAGACAUCCUACCAGCUCUUACUAGUAACCAGAAACAUAUCCAGAAGGUGGUGACCAAUAAGAGACUCAUCUUGGGUGUCAUCACAAAAAUGGCCAGGAUUCGUGUGGAUACGGUGGAGGACUUUGCUUAUGGAGGCUCUAUUUUGGUGAAUGACAUGGACAAAUUUUUCAAGAACAAUGUCCUGUGUAACGAGGAGGUGGUCAGUAGAGCAAAGAAGCUGGUGGGCACCACUGAAUACAGCUUACUUUGGAACAAUUGCGAACAUUUUGUGACCUUCUGCAGAUAUGGGUCUUCCAUCAGCUUCCAGACUGACAAGUUCUGCGAAACGGUGAAGAUGAUCAUUCGGGAUCAGAGGAGCGUUCUUGCUGCAGCACUGCUGGGACUGGUUUCUAUAUUCUGCCUGGGUCUGGCACCUUCUACCACUCUCCCUACCAUCAUUAUUCCUUUCAUUUUGUGGAUGGCCGGUUAAUGUUUCCCCAGAGUCUGUUGGCAGCUGUAAAUAGGAUGUAUAAUGUAUUUAUGAAAGCUAAAACACCUUCCCAAUAUUGUGUAGAGAGAAAAAAUGUGACUUGCAAAUGUGUACUGCUUUCAAUACAACCUUGGUGGCAUGCUUGGUUUAACCCAGAGUGAGGCUGCUGUGAAAAAGGCAAACUCUAUGUUAGGUGUAAUUAGUACAGGCAUUGCAAUUAAAACUAUACUGCCCUUAUAUAAAUCUAUGGUGCAACUGCACUUAGAAUACUGUAUGCAGUUCCGCUCACUGCAUCUAACAAAGAUUAUUGUGGAGUUUGAAAAAGUGCAAGAAAGGGCAACUUAACUAAUGAAGGGACUGGAAUAAUUCCCCAUGAAGAAUGGGCACAACAACUGGGAUUGUUUAGUUUAGAAAAAAGGCAUCAUGGUGUACAAAAUGAUACAUGGUUGGAGAAAAUGAGCAGGGAGACAGUUUUCUCCUUCAUAAUUAGAACCAUGAGUUGUCUCAUGAAGACAACUGGCAAAAGAUUCAGGACAGAUAAAAGCAGUAUUUCUUCACACAUUACAGAAUUCAACUAUGGAAUUCACUUCCACAA